CCGUACUGAACAAAUCUCUAACAAGAAGUGGCAAGGCUGAGAAAUCAUCCAGAAGGCUAUCGUCUCAACAUAUCACCGCGAUUGUCUAUCAACUAAUAUUCCGAGUCCUCCUAUCUACAACCUUUUCUCCAAUACCCCACCAUAAAGAGGUCUCUAUUCGGUCAAUAUGUCUCGACAUCAUCCCGAUCUCGUGAUGUGCCGUAAGCAAUCCGGCAUCGCCAUCGGCCGCCUCUGCGACAAAUGCGAUGGAAAGUGUCCCGUAUGCGAUUCCUACGUGAGACCGACCACUCUCGUCCGCAUUUGCGACGAGUGCAGCUUUGGCAACUACCAGAACAAAUGUGUUGUGUGUGGCGGCGAAGGCAUAUCGGACGCGUUUUACUGCUUCGAGUGUACGCGGUUGGAGAAGGACAGAGAUGGGUGUCCUAAGAUCAUAAAUUUGGGCAGUUCAAGAACAGAUCUGUUCUACCAGAAGAAAACGAAUCGGACGGGAUACUAGCCUCUAUGUGGCCUGGGUUUGGGCCGUGGAAGUUUAGGACUCUUGAAUUACGUGACAACUCGAUGUUAUUGCUGGGUACACGUUUACGCGGAAAAGGGGGUCAUAUUUUAAUACCAGCAUUGUUGGCCGGCGUUUUGAGAUCGUAGCACUCAUCCUAAGAGUAGACUACUCAGAUAUGCAAAUUUAUGUGUUUAUAUGCGAG